UCGUCACUUUUUCCAUCUCCCGCGGGACAAUUUGGGCCUUUUCGAUUCCUCAUUGUCACGUCGGUGCCGUCGAACACGUUCAGGUGGCCCACGGACAACUUUGAAAGUCGCCGGUUGCUAACUCUUUUCCAAAGGUCAGAGGUCAAAGGUCGUUGUGGUCGCGGCGCAGGCGGCCAUGGACGACGGGCACAACCGGCUGGCGUCCGCGGGGGACGUGGUCAAGAUCUGGGACGCGGAUUCCAUGACGCUGCUGGAGCAGUUCAACCCGCACGGUGGCCACAGGGUGGCGCAGGUGUGCUGGACCUCCAACAACCAGCACGUGGUGAGCGCCGGAUGCGGCGGGGACAAGCUCGCCGUCACCAGUCUCAAGUCUCCUCACGCGACUCUCCUGGAGCUGGCCCACGGGAAAAGGCAAACGCGAGUCAGCCUCAGCUGGUCUUCGCAGCUGUUGGCCAGCGGAGGUCUGGACCGCUGCGUCCACAUCUGGGACCUGAAGAGCGCCAGGCUGCUGCGCUCGCUCAAGGAUCACACGGACGAGGUGACGUGCGUGGCGUUCAACUCCAACGACAGCCUGGUGGCGUCUGGGUCGGCCGGCGGCCAUCUGCUCCUCUACAGCCUCACGACCAACACGGCCUGCAAACCCUUCGGACCCGGCGGCCAGCGGCCGGUGCGCGACCUGGCCGCGUCGCGGCUGAAGCGCUCGUUGCUGGGCAGCGUUUCGGACGACGGCUCGCUGUCCCUGUGGGACGCCAACGCGCAGAAGGAGCUGCACGUCUUCCGUGGCGCCCACAAAGCGCCCGGCUCGGGCGUGGCCUUCUCGCCCGCCAAUGAGCUGCUGCUGGUCAGCGUCGGCUUGGACAAGAAGAUCGUCUGCUACGACGCCGCCAGCAAGAUAACCCUCCUCACGAUCCGCACGGAGAGCCCGUUGACGUCGGUGGACUUCACGCCGGACGGUUCGGGUCUGCUGGCGGGUUCCGCCCAGGGCCGGAUCUUCCGCUACGACCUGAGGAACAACAGCGCCCCCGCCGGGGUGACGUCGGCGCACGACACCCCCGUCACCUGCCUGCGCUUCCGGUGCGCCGCCCCAAGACACAAGUCGGGCAAAACGUCUUCGUGCAGGGUUUCCGGCACCAAGAGCUCCGCCUGCAAACUGUCCGGCGGGCAUCCCGGCCCCGCCCCCGCCGCCUCCCGCGUAAACGCGGGUGGCGCCGGAGCUCGGGUGGCCGACGGAGAUGCGGCCGGUCAGGAAGGGGCGGAGCCUCUUCCCGCCGUCGGACGAAAUAGCCUCGACAUGUUUUCGCCGCUGCGGCAAGGUGCAGGAAGUCCGUCGGACGAGACGUUCGCCGCAGCCCGAGCGACCCUGCCCAGCGAGGAGGCGGGGCUUCCUCAGCUGACGGGACGCAGUAGUCUGGACAUGUUCUCGCCCCUCAGGGAAAGUCGGGCGACCGGCGACUGCGGCGCCCCCGGGACGGCGUCGGCGGGCCGGGCCUUCCGCCCGCGCUCGGCGUUCCGGACGCCCUCCAUCAGGGAGGAGGAGCCGGACGCAGCGGUUGACCCCGCCGAGGCAUCGCGGGGCGUCUCGCCCGGCCCGGAGAGGCGGGGUCAGACGCCGCCGACCGAUCGUCGCCCGUCCCCGCCCUUCGCUCUGGAGCUGAGCCCGAGGGGACAAGACGACGUCGGAGCUCAGCUCGACCGCGACUCUGACUCGGCCGCGACCGCUCCGGGUCCGUCGCCGGUCGUCGACGUUUCUCCCGCGGUGUCGGCGGGCGGCGCCAGGGCCCCGUUCAGCAGCGUCCAGUUGGACAUCAUCACCGACAUCAUCCGCGAACAGCUGGACGAGCUCAGGGACGCCUGCCACAAGGACAUCAUCAACCUGCAGGUGGAGAUGGUUCGGCAGUUCUGCAUCCAGCUGAACGAGUUCCACGCGCUGAUGUCGGCGCACUUGGCGGCCCGCGAGGCGCUGCUGCGGGAGAACGAGCGGCUCAAGGAGGAAAACCUUCGGCUCAAGACCAACUACUGAAAGGCGACUUCAGUCUGUUUCGAGUCCAUUUGAGGAAUUGGGGGGGGGGGGGGAAUCGUGAUGACGUAACGUGUAAGACAACAACCCCCCCCCCAUUGCAGUUUAUUACUACGCAAUACUUUUUUUUUUUUUUCUCGAACCAGUUCAUGCCUUAUGUACUGUUUGUUUUUUUCAACCAUUGCUCUUGCACUCUUAAUAUUACCUGUUGUCAUGUUUUGAGUGAAGGAUUUAACCAAUUUUAAGUUGAAAGGAAAUAUUAAAAAGGAACAAAAUCA